AUGGGCUACCUCAACACGCUGAAUCUGCCUGUGAGAAGCACCGUUUCGCGAAGACGCGCGCCGAUUGGACCCUGCUCUGCCUGCAAGCCCUCUGGCUCUCUUCCUCAGCAGCUCUUGGACCCAACCCAUCUUCUGCACUGGUCUCCAACCUCGAGGGAUGACGGGGACCUUUUGUCCUCCACUAGUCCCCAGACCUCCACCUACCACCUAAGAGGUCCUGCCCAGGCCAGCUAUGCCCUGGGAAGCUACCUGGAGGGCAUCCUUGUGGCCAGGGACCACCGGGGCAGGCCCAAGAGCCAUGGUGGGGAUCUGUUUAGGGCACGGCUGCUGGGUCCCAACCUGAAGGCAGGGGUCCCUGGGGAUAUCCAGGACCUGGGGAAUGGCACCUACCUGCUGUCCUUCCCUCUGCUCUGGGCUGGGCAGGCCCAGGUGCAAGUGCGGCUGAUCCAUUCAAGCGAGGCAGUUGGGGUUCUGCAGAGAAUCUGGAGAGACCAAUGGGCCACCGUUGAUUUCACGGGUUAUUUCCGGGGACCCACGGGAUAUGAAGAAAGUGCGACAUGCAAUGUUAACCCACUGUUAAUUGGGGAGGAAGAGUCUACCUGUCACUAUAGGGAUGAAGAUUCGGGUGAGCUCUGGUUCUGCGCUCGGCCACCGACCCUACCCUGUGAUUCACUGGUAGAACAUUCAAGUGGACAUUACUGGAAUGUGACCACACCACACGAUGAGGCUUUGAUGGCUUGGAAUGUGACAGACAAAGAGCUCCCUCAGGGUAUUUCUCCACUCUGGGUGGACAAGGAGAGCAACAGGAGUCUGGCCCCAAAGCCCUCUGGCUUCUACCACCGAGGUGUAUGGCACUCACUAUCCUGCUCCAGCCACUCCUUCUCCACUGCUGACAACAUCCUGGACUGCCUUACCGGCCAUAUCAUCCACAUGAUGGGGGACUCUACGCUUCGCCAAUGGUGGGAGUAUCUGCGUGACACUGUGCCCUCCCUGAAGCCAGUGGAUCUACAUGCCAUGUAUCAGACCGGACCCUUGAUGGCGGUGGAGACCACUCGGGGCAUAGUGCUGCACUGGCGAGCCCACAGCUGGCCAUUACGCUCUCUCCGCACCCCAGUGGCCUCCCUGCACUCUGUGGCCCGGGAGCUGGGGGGCUUAGCUGGGGGCCCCCACACUGUGGUGGUGCUGGGUCUUGGAGCUCACUUUACCACCUUCCCUCCAUCCAUCUUUGUCCAACGACUGGCAGGGAUCCGGGCAGCUGUGGUUGCACUGCUAGCUCGGGAACCCAGCACUCUUGUGGUCAUCAAGCUGGCCAACACUGGCUACAAGUCUGUGUAUGGCAGUGACUGGUUCACCCUCCAGGUGAACCGGCUCCUCCGAGCUGCCUUUGCUGACCUCCGUGUGGCCUUUGUGGAUGCCUGGGAAAUGACCUCCAGCCUGGCCCUGCCAGACAGCAUCCACCCAGGGUGGCUCAUUGUUCACAACGAGGUGGACUUGCUUCUCUCCUUCAUCUGCCCCACCUGA